GCCUAGCAGUUUAAAAAGAAAUAUUGUAAGAAGUGUUUUUUAUUUGAUAAAAUGUUACAUUCUAAUGCUAAAUUUUUAUAUAAAUGACAUGAAAAUUUAAAUUUACUUUAUUAAUCAAUAAAAUCGUUGUAUAUAUAGGGCUUUGAUCUAUAGUCGAUAACUAUAUGCUUACUUAUGGCUGGGGGCCGUAUGCAUGGCAUAUGUAAUAUGUAAGUUGUCAUGUAAAUUAAAUUGUAAUUGGUGUCUAGUGUACUGUACUGCAUCCUUAAGUGACUUUAAUACUGUUAGCCUAACAAAACAAUGAACUAUUUAAUGAUGAUGGUAAAAGAGUCAUCAGCAAAUAUAUUUUUAAUGCAAUAAAUUUCAAUGAAUGCUUUUGAAAAAUAAUAUUGUUAAAAAUGUAGAAUUCUCGCUAACACUAACACUACUCUCUAGUUACCCCAACAAAAAUAACAAUGGCGGACACGCUGUUUUUCAAGAGGUCCCAGACCAUGUAUCCUUAUUGGGUAAAUAUGCCCCCAACUGUUCCGAGAUAUCCAGCAUCACAAGAUAUGUUCAGGUAAUUAACUAUCAGCCUAUUCAUAUUUCUUUAACUUUAAUCAGAUACUCUAACUCUAAUACUAAUACUAAGCUUAAUGAUGGCUGAUUUACGCUAGAGAACUUCUGUUAAGGACUUACGACUUAAGAAGACUAUACCACUAUACUAUAGAUGUUAACUUAUUAAGAUGUCGUGGUUUCAAUUUUUAUUGCUUUAAAGCAGGCCUGCAGGGGGCCGUGUGCCAGCACCCAAUUUGCUGCCUGCAGAGCCGUUCUUAGGAGUUUGGGGGCCCUAAGCAUGGAGCAUAGGUUGGGGGCCCCGGAAGGGGGGGGACCAGGGGUGGAGCUCCCUCGAGCUGAGGAGAAACACCACCCACCACUGCCGAUUUCCUGUCUGCCACCCCCAAAGCUCCCCCCUGCUGCUUCCCUUUCCCUGCCUCCGAAUUCAACUCAGAAUGAUCAAUUUCAGGAUGAGGAAGGUAACGUGAGAGACACAGAUGGCUGCAGUGCCAGUUUUAAAAAAAAAAAUGGGGAAUCGAGGGCGCCUCAUGUGGAUGCGUAGUCAGCGUAUGCCUAAGAACGGGCCUGCUGCCUGUGAAGUAAUGAAAUAUUCUUUACUAUUUCUAUUAUUAUUUUCUAAUAGCUUUCCCCACUGCCCUAUAAUUUUCUUUCANGGCCCACCUUACAUUUUGAGUUGUGCAGGCCUUUUUUAAAGUUGUGGUGUCGUAGGUCUAAGGGCCUUCCAUAAAGUACGUCACACUAUUUUUGACCAUUUUAAACCCCCCCCCCCCCCCCCGUCACAAACUGUCACGAAUCUCGAACAAAUUUUUUUAAAAAUUAACACCUAUUUAAAAUUUAAUCUAAAACACACUUCACUAUUAAACUGUAUUAAAAUAUUAAAUUUCCACUUAAAAGAACUAUCACAUUAUUAAAAUGACUUUAAUAGUAGAAUAGUUAAUUGUCAACAGUUGCCACAGUUAUUCAUUGAACCAGUAACUCAAUCUAGAUUGAAUUUGAAAACAAAAAUUGCAAAAAUUAGACUAGACAAUUAUAUAAAACACAUCAUUUAUCUGCUGCUUUUUCAUUUACAUAAGGUGAGGUCAAGUUUUAGAUAAUUUCCGAUUAUGCAAUCCUUUUACUCAGGAUAAGAAGUUUAUUAGCGAAACUAGACCUCAUCCAGUGAUUAAAUAAUAAAAAGGAAACAAAAAAAUUUGACUAAAAAAAGACCAGAUUGACAAAUUAUGUGACAAACUCUUAUGCUAAAUUGAAUCUGUUUAUUAUAGGCCUGUGAAUUAUGUUUAAUUCAAAAAUAUUCACUGGACAUCAUCACCAUCAUCGUUUCCUGGAAGCAUAAUUGCAGACAGAUCAACUUCAUCCUCAUGUAGCCACUCAACAUCGUCUGAAUGUGCAUUUUCUCUUCUGGCAAUAACUGCCAUGAGUUCUCUUUGCCCUCUAGCAGCGAUUCUUAAAGGACUGAUGCGUUUUAUCUGAGUUGAUUCUGGAACAGUUUGGGUUGUCACAUUCUCCCGAGCCCGAGCUCUGUGAUGUCCUGCAUGUUUCUUCAACACUGUUUGUAAGUGCAAAUUCGAUCAAGUAAGCUGGUCUGCAAAGAUGGACAAUAAAGAUCAUAUUGAGAGGAAUCGUGAACAAUACAUUCAGGAGAUACAUAGGCCUAUUUCAUGCUAUUUUGACAUAAAAAAAUUUUAAAAGUUUCACAAAAUUUUUUAAAAUUAUUUUUAAAGCGAUCAAAUUCUACUAAAAAAUAAAAAAAAUAAAAAUAGAAAUUAAAUUUUAAAAAAUAAAUGUGUGACGUCAUGCAUGGCAUGACCCCCCUCCCCCUGUCACAAACUGUCACACUUUCUUACACCCCUCCCCCCCCCCCUCUGGAGCAUGAUGUACUUUAUGGACAGUCACAAACUGUCCCACUUUCUUACCCCCCCCCCCCCCCCCCCUCUGGAGCAUGAUGUACUUUAUGGACAGCCCCCUAGUUGUGAAAUGUUGUGAUGAAUAUAUAUUUUUUUAUGUGCAGAAAUUUAAUAUGUAAAAUGUAAUAAAAAAAAACAUUUCCAUUUAUUAGGAUCAGCGAAAUAAUCUGAUCUUUAAAAAUAUAAUUUGAUUUACAAAAAAAUACUGGAAAAAAAAACGUACAAUCAUAAAAAAAAGUAGCUCAAGCAUAUAAAUCUAAUCUAAUAAAUAAAUUUGGCUCAUUCCUUUUAAAACAUUAAUGUUACUCUUUUAGACGUGAGGAACCAGAUAAAUACACUAUAAGAAAAGGAAGAGAUGGACACCAGGUAAUUUUUUUAUUUUAUUUUAAUUAUUUAAAGGAGAAAAACUUUUAGGCCGAGUCAAGUUCAGUUAUUUCAACAUCAACAAUGUCAAAGCUAUGGGUUUUUUUUUUUUAAUGGAAGAUACCAUGUUUUUUUCUCAAAUGAUUACUAACGAUAAUAAUAACAAUUCAAUACACAUUUGGAUGCUUCAAAUGUAAUGUAAUUUCAUAAACAUCUGCAAAAAGAUGCAGAACCAACUAAAUUUGAAUACAGGAACUUCGGUGUAAACAAGCAAGUCGUCAACUUAUUCUACAGUGCAACUAUUGGAAGCCUGCUUAAUUUCAGUAUUACUUGCUGGUAUGGGAAUUCAAAGUCUGAUAUUAAACACUGCAUAAACCAACUAAUCAAGAAAGCUAGGAAUAUAACACAAACUAAACAUCCUUCACUUGAAGAACUAUUUGAAGAUAUUUAGGAUCGGGCCGUUCGGGACUAAUUCUUUCCAUCAGGGCGAGGAGGACUGACAGAUAUAAAAAUUGUUUUGUUCCCUAAUCUGUAUGAAUCUACUGGUGUGCUUACUCUGAAGUCACACAUCUGAAUGAGAACUAAUAAGUCCUCAAUUUUUGCUUAGAGAACUCACUGAAUGGCUGUUUGAAAUAAUUUAUUAUAAAUGUCUUGUGUUCCAAUUGUUUUAUUUUUGUGCUGAAAAUGUAUAAAGCAAUCAAAAAACAUUUCCAUUUAUUUGGAUCAAUAAAAGAAUCUUAUCUUAUCUUAUCUUAUUUCAUAAUGGAAUGAAUGAUAGCUGUCCAUUUAAAGCUUUAUUUAUUUAUUUAAACUAUUCUCUCUUGAGUAAUAAAAUACAUCCAAGAUUCUGAAUAUUUAAAUUUAAAUGUUUAUUUUUUUAAUCAAAGAAUUGGACAGAUAAAUGGUAUGACUGGGAGCAUCCAGUCAGGAGACAAGAAGAACUUCCACUGGUUGUUGACCGUCAGGAACCAUUGUCCAGGCCUUGGCAGUAUGGUGUCCACAUGGGAAUAACAGGACAGCCGAAAUGGUCGAAGGAGGGCAAAGACUGGCCAGUGAAUAACAAGAAGUAUCUGAAGUAAAUCAAACUUUCAAUUACGUUUUCCAAACAAUUUUCCAUUACAAAAAAAAAGAAACUAAAUGACCCUUUUUUUUUGUUUAAAUCUUUUAUUUUAGUGUAUUAAUGAUAGAAAAAUUAUGAAUAUACUUUUUAAAAUUUAAUGUAUUACAAUUUAUCAUAAAAUUAAACCUUCAAUCUAAAUUUAAAUAAAAUAGCAUUUUUGCUCAUUAUUACAUAGAUUGCUGUUAUCUAUUUAAAUUUUAAAUAGAUUUUGUAAAAUACUAAGCUUGUACAAUAUAAGUUUAAAAUUUUAACAGAAAUGGUGUGCCAAACACAGAGAACCAUCGAGCAAGAGCAGUCAGGGAGCUAAGCUUCAGAGAUGAAAAAUUGUAUCCAUUUUCUAAUUUCAUGACAUCAACUUACCGCCGCCCAGUUUACUCUGUAAAUGGUCCUCUCCAAAAAGAUCCAGUAUUUGGCUUGACCAGGCAAAGGAACAGACAUGGACAUAUGCCAUUUGAAGAUUAUUAUUAAUUAUCAGUAUUUAAGAAUGUUAAAGAUAUUUGAGAAAAUUUCUAAUGCCAGCUUUAUUUUCUAGGAAGUCUGAGAAUUUAUUCAAAUUCUAGGAAGUCUGAGAAUUUAAUCAAUUUUAAAAUAGAAUUAUUUUAUUGGUUGAUAAAAUUUUAAUCAUUAUAGACCAUUUUAACCAUUUCAAUCCAAAAUUAACUAAACAUCAAUUAUUAUUGUGAUUAUUAUUCAGAAUAAGUUUAAUAUUGAGAGGUGCCAUUUGAGCCACAUAUUAUCCUAAAUCUUUAAGUUUUAAGGCAAAUUUAGAAUAUGACUUUAAUUUAUCGAAAUGAUGUUGACCAAAUAAAAAUAAUUACAUUCCACAUUGCUAGCUUAAUAUAUUAUGAAUUUUCAUACUUGUUUUAACAAUAUUUUGGCAUUGGUGCUCCAUUAAUAUUGUUUUGUGUGAAUAAGAGUGCAAUUGAAUUCCCUUGACAUGUUCAACUAUAUUUUUGUGGGUAAAAAUUCAAUUGAUUUUCAUCGGACCUGGAAUGAACUGGUGAACUAUUUAAUGCAUAUUAGUAUUAUUUAAACUAAGAGAGUCAUUUAUCUUCCUAAAGUUUAAUGAAGGAACUUUUUUGUAAUGGUUACACUUACACUUUUAGUGCAAAGAAGUCAGAUUAAAUUUCUGCUUUCACUUGGUUGAUAAAUCAAAUGACCAGUUUCAUAAAUAGUUUCUUUUAAUUAAAUCCUGUACAUUUUCUCUCUCCGCUCAGACUGUUUCAUCUGAUGCUCUGGAUAUCAAAUUUAGUUACAAGAUGGUAAGACCAUUCCUUAAGUUCCUUGAAUCACAUUGUAAAACUUUUUAUAUUUCUUAAGCUCACUUUGAUUGCCUGAUUGCACAAACUGUACCAGUGUAACAAAAACAUUCAAGAAUACACAACAAAAAUUAUGAAAUUAUUCAGCAGAAUUUUUCUUAAUUUAUUGAGACUAGACAUUUCUUUUUUGUAACGUUUUUUUGUGUGUUUUUCAAAGAACAUGAUUAAUUAGGUCACAUGCAAAUUUUGAUAAAGAGGGAAAAUAAAAAGACAAAAUGAGCAGCAACAACCAUGCAAGACAAACAUGCCAGUACAAAACAGUAUUAAAAUGCAUGCACACACAAGGGAAGGUUCUCAAAGAC